CGCCCGUGCCGAGGGGAAGCAAGCCCGGGGCUGCGGAGUGCGACCGCAGUCGCACCGCGAUCUAGGACCGGCAGGUGAGGGGCUCUGGGGUUUCUUGGGCGCUUCAGGAUUCACGAGAGAGCGGUCACCGCGGCCUGCUCUGCCAUUUAUGAUUCAGCCCAUCCCCACGAGAGGAACCUGGACGAGAACCCACCUGCGCUUGAGAUUCUAAAAGUCAUGUCCCUCGUGAGUUUUAAAAUCAUGGGCCAGCACUGUUCAGGGAUGUGGCCGUCGUCUUCUCCCAGGAGGAGUGGGAGCGGCUGGCGCCUGCGCAGAGGGAGCUGUACAGGCAUGUGAUGCUGGAGACGUACCGCAACCUGGUUUCACUGGGUCUUGCUGCAUCCAAGCCUGGUGUGAUCUCCUGUCUGGAGCAAGGCAGAGCGCCCUGGGUGGAGGAGACGGUGACAGCAGGCGGCCCAUGCCCGGUAUCAGACUCCGAAUGUUACACCAAAGUGCCAUCUCCAAAGCGGGAUGUUCGUGACGCCGAGUCUCCCCUGUGGGAGACCCUGGGCUGCCUGACAAGCUACGAUGUGGAGUGCUCGCGCUCCCAGGGUGACCAUGAACGCAAAGGCCAACCUGACAAACAACCGGGAAACCCAGACAGACGUUUCAGCCAGAUGUUAGACAGUUGCAAGGAGCCGCCCAUGUUCACGCAGCAAGCGUCCCUUACAUUUUAUCGAAAAGUCCAAAAUGGAGGAAAAGCUUGUGACUAUCGUACAUGCAGAGAAGACUUCUGGCAAGAGGAAUUCCUUAUUAACCAUCAAGGCGUUCAUCUGAACGAGAAACCCUAUAAAUGUAAGGAAUGUGGGAAAGCCUUCAAAUAUGGCUCACGACUCAUUCAGCAUGAGAACAUCCAUUCGGGGAAGAAACCUUACGAGUGUAAGCAGUGUGGAAAGGCCUUCAAUUCCGCUUCAAAUUUCAUCCAACACCAGAGAGUCCACACGGGGGAGAAACCGUACGAGUGUAAGGACUGCGCAAAGGCCUUCAGUCGCAGCUCGCAGCUCAUCGAGCACCAGCGGAUCCACACUGGGGAAAAGCCCUAUCAGUGCAAAGAGUGCAGCAGGGCUUUCAAUCGCAUCUCACAUCUUAAGGUUCACUGCAGAAUCCACACUGGGGAGAAACCUUACUCAUGUGAGGACUGUGGGAAAACCUUCAGUCACCGCUCGCAGCUCAUCCAACACCAGACCGUUCACACUGGCAGGAAGCUUUAUGAAUGUAAAGAGUGUGGGAAGGCUUUUAAUCAAGGAUCCACUCUUAUUCGCCAUCAGAGAAUUCACACCGGUGAGAAACCCUACAAAUGUGAAGUGUGUGGAAAGACCUUCAGGGUGAGCUCCCAGCUCAGACAGCACCAGAGAAUUCACACUGGAGAGAAACCGUACCAGUGUAAGGUCUGCGGCAGGGCCUUCACGCGCGUCUCCCACCUCAGCGUCCACUACAGGAUCCACACAGGUAGGAAGCCAUACGAAUGCAAGGCGUGUGGAAAAGCCUUCAGUCACUGUUCACAGCUGAUUCAGCAUCAGGAAGUCCAUCCGGAGGAAAAGCCCUGUGGGCAUAAGGAGGGCAGGGGGAUCUUAAGUCAUGACUCGACUCCUCUUCAGCGUCAGAGACUGCACAGUGGAGACACACACACGAGUGUAAUCAGCGUAGAAAAGCCUGCCAUCAGCUUUAGCGAGUUCAUCAUUAGAGAGUUUAUGUUGGCAAGCAGCCACAUGAACAGAAGCAACGGGGAGAGCCCGUUAGCCUAGGCCUGGGGUGGCGAGCCUGCAGUGUGUGUGUGGCAAGGCAGGCUGCUCGUUAGCACCCUGAAAGGUUUGCCCGCCCAGUUUUGGGCUUGCACUGAUACAAACAUCGCGGCAGCACGCGUGCCAUAGGGUCGCCACCCCUGCCCGGCUGGUCACAGCUAACUCCUGCAUCUUAGAGAGAGACCUGUGAACUGUGUGCAGAAGAGAAUGCUUCCUGCUGAGGUCAUUCUUCAUCCUACCAGAACACUUCAUGGAAGACAUUUAUAGAAGUUGUUUCUACUACAGUAGUCAUGGAAGCAGGGGCGGUUGGAGAGGGAUCCCUGACCCAUUCCAGAAUUACAUUUUCUAAUCAAGGCUUAUUUUCACAAGUCAAGUUUUAAUUUUCUCAGGAAAAAAAAUAACCAAAUGCUGUUGGAUUAAUAGGGAAUACACCAACACUGAAAAGAGUGAAUGGAGAGUUUCACACGUAGAGAGGUGAAAUGACCUUUCACUUUUGUCACCUUUCAAUGUGUGCAGGAUAUGGAAAUCUGAGACUGUGCUUACACCCACGAAAUGUCCUGUUCAGGACCGCCAGAUGCCCAGGCAUAAGCA